CAGAUAGAUCUAUAUAUUUUAGCCUUUGUAGCAUGUUUCAUCCCAGCUCUCAGGGGUUUGACUUGAUAUUUUUUUUAUUUGGGUUUAUGGUCGUCUUACUAGGGGUGGGGGCCCUUUUCUUCCGGGCUCCAAGCACUUGCCUGGUAUGCCUGUUGUGUCGCUGCGCCUCUGCAGACAGAUGUGUGUGUAUUUUGCAGCGGGGACUGUCCGCGGUGCUGAUGUUGCAGGGAGGGGCGUGACGUCACGGGAGAGACCGGGAGAAAGAGAAGAGGGGGAAGGAGGAGAAGGGACGGAGGAUAAUUCGGGGGGAUGAUUGCAUCAAAAGAAAAAACAAAACCCAAACAAAGAAAGAAAGAAAGACAGGAAAGAAAAGAAACGCAAUCAUGACUCCCGUGAAUCAUCGUGUCUGCUCUGUUUUUCCAUCCACUCUCCCGCAACAAUAAAUGACGAGCCGUCCCGGUUAAGUGUAUGCUCACUUGAGAGAGAUGUCAUCUCCGGGCAUGGGCACCCCCAGUGACCCCCUCUUGACCAGUCCAGGAGGGAGGUUUUCCACUGCUCAGGAAGGUACCUGGAGGAGCUCACUCCCCAAAACUGCCAGCUUCCCGACAUCCACCACACGGCACCUCAGUCACCGCGCCAACAACUUUCAAAGACAGCCAAAGCGGCGGAAGUUGAUAAGGCCCUCUCCCCCUCCACCACCCAACACACCCUGUCCUCUGGACCAGCUGGACCUCACUGAACUUCCCCCGAGACGAACCUUCCAAGAGCUGCUUUUCAAUGGCUGCGUCCUGUUUGGUAUUGAAUUUAGCUAUGCCAUGGAAACAGCCUACGUUACCCCCGUGCUUCUACAGAUGGGCCUGCCCGAUCAGUUCUACAGUUUGGUCUGGUUUAUUAGCCCCAUACUGGGAUUCCUGGUUCAGCCGCUCCUAGGAGCAUGGAGUGAUCGAUGUACAUCCCGGUUUGGGCGGAGGAGACCUUUCAUAUUUGCCUUGGCUAUAGGGGCUUUGCUUGGUCUAACCCUGGUGUUGAAUGGACGGGACAUUGGAAGUGCUCUGGAUGACACGGCUUCAAAUCACAAGUGGGGGAUUGUCCUGACGGUGUGCGGUGUGGUUCUAAUGGACUUCAGUGCUGAUUCAGCGGACAAUCCAAGCCAUGCCUACAUGAUGGAUGUUUGCAGCCCAGAAGAUCAGGAUAGAGGGUUGAACAUCCAUGCACUGCUAGCAGGACUAGGAGGUGGAUUUGGCUACAUCGUGGGUGGCAUCAACUGGGACCAGACACAGUUUGGAAGAUCAAUGGGAGGUCAACUGCGGGUCAUAUACAUGUUCACGAGUGUCACUUUGGUGUUUGCCACAGCCAUGACUCUGAUGAGUAUCCCAGAACGGCCAAUACCAAAGAUCCAGCCAAACAAAAACUCCAGCAAAACCCAUCUGAAGAGCCCCAGUCUUCCUCUCCCUCCCUCUCCUCCUGUUCCCCCUGGGUCAAUGUUGGGACUGGAGGAGGAAGACGAGGAUGGACUUUACAGCUUCAAUUUCUCUAAAUCUCGUCCACUCGACCCUUUGGCCCACUCAUGCAGUGCCAAUGCGUGUCUCUGUGUCGGCCUUAAUAGCCCCAUAUCGCCACUGAGCCCUCUCACUCCCAAAUAUGGCAGCUUUAUAAGCAGGGACAACUCACUUACAGGCAUCAACGAGUUUGCCUCCUCAUUAGGAACCUCCUAUAUAGACAGUGUGCUCAUAGACUGCUAUACAGGCCAGCAGACACCACAGGCACCGGCACCUAACUCCACCACUGUACCCCUACCUCCAGGGGACUCCCCUCUUCCAGAGGGGGCGGGGAACCACCCUGUGGGACAGAUCCAGGGUGAUGGGGUCUGUGCAGCUGGAGAAGCACAAGAUGCUGAAGCACCCCAACCGGAGGGCAAUGCACAAUCUCAAGGGGCAUCUGGGAUCACGACUGGAGCUCAGUCUGGGGCUGGGUCACAUUGGGGCUCCACUGCUGGUAUCCUGAAGAGACCUCAGAGUCUGGCACUGAUCGAGGAGCCCAUGGCAACACAGAUUGUUGGGCUGGAGAAUGGACGCAGGAGAACAGUGACCUUUAGUCAGCAGGUUGCAAACAUUUUGCUGAAUGGGGUGCGCUAUGAGAGCGAUCUAAGUGAGAAUGUAGAGACAGGAGAAUCUCAAAUGUCAAUGAAGCUACUGUGUAUAGCCAUCUACAGGAUGCCCCCCUCCCUGCGGAGUUUAUGCACUAAUCAUUUUUUGGGCUGGCUGUCCUUUGAAGGCAUGCUGCUCUUCUACACUGACUUCAUGGGGGAGGUUGUGUUCAAAGGAGACCCCAAAGCACCCCACGACUCCGAGGCUUACCAACGCUACAAUGCUGGUGUUAGCAUGGGCUGCUGGGGCAUGUGCAUCUAUGCAUUCAGUGCUGCUUUCUAUUCAGCCAUAUUGGAGAAACUAGAAGAGCGUUUCUCACUUCGCACUCUAUAUUUUUUUGCCUACUUGGCGUUUGGUUUGGGCACAGGCCUUGCCACCCUGUCCACCAACCUCUAUGUGGUUCUUUCCCUGUGUGUCACGUACGGGGUGCUGUUCUCCUCUCUAUGCACGCUGCCUUACUCUCUGCUGUGUGAAUACUACCAGAGCCCUCAGUUUUGCGGCACAUCAGAGGAAGGGACCAGACGAGGGAUGGGGGUGGACAUCUCCCUCCUCAGCUGCCAGUAUUUCCUGGCUCAGAUCCUGGUCUCUGUGGCGAUGGGGCCUCUGACCUCACUAGUGGGUGGGGCCCAGGGAGUGAUGUACUUUGCAAGCCUGAUGUCAUUCGUGGGCUGCCUGUACUCCUCUCUCUGCGUGGUGUACCACCUGCCCCCCCCUGAGGGUGAGCCCCCCGAUAGCGAGACUCAGCCACUAUUGGUGCACAUAUAGAAUAUGCCUCUUAACUCACUUCAUGUCACAUUCACACAUACGUGUACACACACUCAGCGACACACGCUGUUACCUGGUGUCUGAGUGUGUGUUGACCUUCCCAGCACUGGCAGGACAAAUGCACUGUAAAUCCUGCCGCACACUGUACAGCACAAAUCCAUAUAUUAUUUCACGCUAAUCAGCACUGCUCUUCUCAGAGCUCGACAGACAGACAGACAGACAUUGGCCACUGCUCUAUACAUGUAUACAUGACCAUUGUGUUCAUACAGUGUGUGUGCCCAUGCAUUUUUUCCCCCAAAAUUUUGCAAAGGAAUGUGUGACCUUUUUGAAUUAAUUAAAACUGCAGUGCAUAACUUUUCUGAUGAACCACACAGUACAGCAGUGUUUAAAUCUUGCGUCACCCGGCGACACUCAGUGCGUUUACAUGCACGUUAAAAGUCUGAUUUUAGUCUAAGACUAAGACAAUAACUCAGUUUUCUUAAUGCCAUGUAAACAAGUUAGUCCGACUACAAUCAAGAUAGUCUAAAUCGGACUAACAUACCUGGACAAUGCAAUUCACAGUCCAAUUACUCCUACAUGCAUACACUGAGUCGGACUUGGGUUUCUGCACAUGCACAUGCACCAAAAUGUCCGCCCGGUCUUUGACCCAGAAGUAGAAGGAAAUGACGUAUAACCUACUGUACUGUUCCUGGAAAUCCUACAUCAGGGGUGUCGUUCUUCGACAGCACAGCAACCACAAUCUAAUUUGUGCGUGAUCUAUCUCAACAGAAAGGUCAACAGGAAACUGAUUUAAUAUGCACUAGCUUAUAGAGAGAUACAGCGCCACCUAUGGAGGUGGAGUCAGACAUACACGGCCUAUAAAUCCAUUUUCUCCUCCAUGUGUAUACUCGGGUUUGGCAAGUUGUCCGUUUGCCUGUCUUAGUCGGACUACGGCCUCGUUUAAACCACAUAUAGUAACAUACUCAGUCCCACAGUGCACAUUAUUUGUUAUUUGUUAUUUAUUUGUUUUAUGUCAGGACUGAUGUUAGUAAAGCAAGACAGCUGCAAACAGUUUGUUGUAUGAUUGAAAAAAACAAAGGAAAAGUUUCAGGGCCUGAAAGCAACACUUGGUUUCUUUUAAUGAAGACAAGAGAUAGACAAAAAACAUCAUCAACAACUAAAAAAACUCACUUAAUGUUAUGCACUGCAGCUUUAAAGUGGAUUUGUCUGUGUGUGUGUGUGUGUGUGUAUGUGUGUGAGUGAGUAGCUGUUCUUCUGUCUGAUUCUUUAUUAAUAUUGUUGCAUCAUCUUUUCUUGUUUGUUGCUG